UGUUCUAGGAAGAUGGCUGCUGCGGUCCAGCAUCACCCAAGUCUGGACCGAAAUGAAACAAAAAUCACCCUAGAAAUCAAAACCAAAUCAGUUGAGCAAACACUCAUUCCAUUAGUAACUCAGAUCACUACUCUAGUCAAUCAUAAAGAAAGAACAAAAAUUACAGAGCGGACUGCAAAGGCAUUAGCUAAAGUUGGUGAGGCAGUCAGUUUUGCUGUCGACAGAUUUGUAUCUGUUGGGGAAUCUAUAGGAGAUGAACAUCCAGAGUUACGCAGUGAGAUGUGCGAGACUUGCUUGGAAGCAAGACAGGCUGGGAAUGCAAUUAAACAGUUGACAAUGCAUAACUAUGCUGUGAAUGAUGGGUCGUUGAAACCGUUCACUGAAAAGAAUCACAUGGUGCGUGCAGCACGGAAAUUGCUGUCAGCCAUUACCAAAGUGUUACUGAUAGCGGACAAAGUGAUAAUUAAACAGCUGAUUACAUCUAAAGAUAAGGUAUUAUGCAGUCUAACAGAACUAGAAAGUGUAGACAGUUUCACAGAUUUUGUUCAGGCUUUCAGCAAGUUUGGAAACAAUAUGGUGGAACUAGCCCAUCUUACUGGAGAUAGGCAAAAUGACCUGAAGAGUGAUAAACAGAAAGCCCAGAUGGCUUCUGCCAGAGCUGUGUUAGAGAAAUCCACAAUGAUGUUACUGCCUUCAUGUAAAACCUGCCUCAGACAUCCUGAAUGUUACUCAGCCAGACAGAAUCGUCAUGGACUAUUUGUUCAGAUGCGUCAAGCUCUGCACCUCAUACAAAAUGUUGCCACGGAUACCGGAUACCAUUCUGUGACCAAUGGCAGUGUAUCACCUUCAGUAGCGAAUGGUGAUUCAGGAAUUGUGUUAGGCGGGUCCGGACAAAGUGCAAAUAAAGCUAUAAAAGAUUUCGAGGAUCAGGUGGAGAUGGUCCGAGUCACUCAUAUAAAUAACUACUUUGCUGAUAAACUUCGUAGUGCCUUGGAUGUUGUCAUAGAAACCACGCAAGAUUUUACCGACUCUGCCUAUACGUCACAUGAUCAUCGGGAGAAAGUUAUGGAAGUUACGGAAUAUUUACAGCAGGCUGUACAUGUUCUAAUAAAAACGGGAGUCUUACAGAUGCAUAAAGAUUCAAUAGCCACACAGGAGCUUGAAACUUGUAUCCUGAAAACUUUAGAAGUAUCCAAGUCCCUGAAGAAACAGCUGCAAGAGACGGCAAUGGAUCAGGCAUCUGAGUUGUUUAAAUGUAACGAAGAUCAUGUUCUGCUGAGAAAUCUACAAACUGCUGGUAUUGCCGGGGAGGUGGGAUCUGUUGAUGAACUUUCUGUCAAGUUUGAGGAGCAUAUAGAUCAGCUUGAAGAGGUGUGUAAACUGUUCCGCCAUAUUGCCACUACUGAACCUCUAGUCAUCACAGCUGAGCACAAUGAGAUUAUACUGAGGUCUAUGGGACCAUUGAUACUACAUGCGGCAAGAACUCUAGCCCAGUACCCAGCCAGUAAGAUAGCCAAGGAGAACCUGGAUCUGUUUGCUGAUGCCUGGGAGUCACAGAUCAAUGAUUUAUCUAUUCUUGUGAAAGAAGUCAAUGAUUUCUGUCAAGGCAAAACUGACAGACUUGUGUACAUGUCUCUACCAAGACCAGGGGCCUCACAACCUGUAGCGAACAAACAUGGAAGCACGUCCAAAAUAAUGAGGCCUGGCAAGCUUGAUGCAGAGGAGCAAGCCAAGAUAGCGAAGUUAGGUCUAGAGAUGAAGUUAAUCACUUCCGAGAUGGAUGCAGAGACUGAUAAAUGGGAGGAGCCAGAUAAUGAUAUUGUGAAGAGAGCCAAAAAUAUGUCCAGUAUGGCAUUUUCCAUGUAUUUGUUUACACGAGGGGAAGGACCUUUAAAGACUACCCAAGAUCUGUUUGUUCAGGCAGAGUACUUUGCCGAGGAGGGCAAAAAAUUGUAUAGAACUGUUCGAGAUUUCUCAAAUAAGGUACCAAUGUGUCCACAGAAAGAGGAAUUAUUGUUACAUGGUGAUAGAAUUCCAACUUGCUGUCAAAAUCUACUCUCAACCCUGAAGGCCUCAACAUAUGGUAAAUCUGCUACAUUUAAUAAGGUUGAUGGUGCUAUUCAGGAAACCAAGAACCUGAUGAAUGCAAUAGCUAAAGUUGUCACUGUCUGUUUUGUUUGUGCUACUAAGUUUAAUAUAGAUUACAGAAGAUCUCCUGGUGGGACAUUAUCUUGGAGAGGUCAGAGGUCAUUUGAAAGCCAUCCAAGGUCAUCUUACGACAGUGAAAGGUCAAAAUCUCUUGAAGGUCAUUAUAGGUCAUCAUAUGACAAUGAGAGAUCAAGGUCACUUGAGGGUCAAAGGUCAUUGUAUGAUGGUGAAAGGUCAAAGUUUUAUGAUGGACAAAGAUUUUCAUAUGACAGUGAUAGGUCAAGGACAAACGAUGGCCAAAGGUCAUUUGAAGGUCAGAGGUUAUAUGAUGGUAGAGGUCAUGCAAGUGAUUCUGAAUCCAUGUACAGUUCACAGUCAGACUACAUGAGCUCCUCCUCAAAUAGAAUGUUCAGUAGUGGAAGCUAUGAUGCCUAGGAGAUGAAUCUGUGUGCUAAAUUUGUGCAAUUUUAGAUACUAAAGCUGUGAAAUGAUAUUGAAAUGUUUUAUGGGAGUUAUCGUAAUGCUGCAGAUAUUGUUAAAAAUGAUAUAUUAUGCAUUUAAAUGUGUUCAUAGCAACCUGAUUGCGAAAUAUUACUUGGAACUGCAUAACAGUUUUGAUAUAAAAACAUAAUAUUCUGGAUAUUUUGAUUUUAUUAGAAGAAAAAAUCUUCAAAUCUUAAGUUUUUACCUUGCAGUACUUUUGUCUACAGACCUAGGAUUGGAGUCUUUUUAGAUUAAUGUUUAACCAUUUUUGUGGGCAUGAAAUUUUGUAGUUGUGACCAAAACAGCUUUUUGCUGGGAUAUAAAUUAGUGAAUCUCAGCAUUUUGACCUAAAAUGAAGGGGGAUUUUACUCGUUCCUUAGGAUUUGAUUUCGUGGAUUGACUGAACCAUGAAAUCUGCGAAAAUAUUAGUCCUCAAUCAUUAUUAAUGAUUUGAGAGUAUUAAAAAAAGCAUUAAGACAUAUAAAAUAUUACACAGGCUGCUGAAUAAGCUUAUAAAUUAUAUAGUAUUUAUUGUAUUGUAUACUAAAUAUGAUGCUGGUUGACAGCAUUUAAAAUUUUAAAUAUAAGUCAUAUACUGUGAAAUCAUUUAUUUUUGUGUGCAUGAAAUUUCGUGGUUUUUGGCCAAAACUGCUAUAUUUAGGGGGAUAUGAAGUCGUGGAUUUCUAUUUAUGAGCAUUAAAUAGAAAUGGAGAGAUUAAGUUAUCUUGUUCACUGGGAGACAAUUUCUUGAUUGAGUCAACCACGAAAUCCACGAAAAUUAGUUCCCCAACAAAUAUAGAUGAUUUUACAGUAGUGUCUUAAGCCCAGUUUAAAGUAAGUGCUUGAUAUUGUGGAAGUCAGUCAUACUGGAAACAAUACAUGGUUCGACAGAAAUAUACAUAUGGAAUGGAAACCUUGAAAACAAUAAGUUGAAUGUGCUAUUUUUGAAAUGAAAUGUUUAAAGGACAUUGUCACUUUGUGUUAUUACUAUGGAUAGUCCAGGAUGUUAGUCUUUGACUUGCUGUAGAUUGAGUAAUUUUUGCAUAGGCUUUAUUCAGCAAUUUAAAGCUUUGCAGCCAUAUUUGUGGUGAUAAGAGUUUGCAAAACCAGUGUGUUUGUGUUUUAGGACAUUAUGCAGAUUAAUAUAUAACGAAUAUUUUGAAUUUGCAGGUGACAAAAUUCUCGAAUAUUGACAAAAUAAAAUCAGUGUUAAUAUUACUCAUUCUACAGUACUUUGUACAAGCUUUUAUAGCCUGCUGUACUAGUUUGAUUUCAUUUGUUUCCAAGGUUUUAUCGAAAACUCUUCUAUCUGCCACAUAUAUUUUGCAAAUGUUAAAUUUAAAUGUUGUUUUCAUCUGCUACCCUUGUUGUUUUCAAACAUAUUAAAAGGGCUGAAAAUGUGUUUAAUUUUGCGUAUUGUUUGAUGAAUUUUUUUAUACUUUCAUUAUUUUUUCACCUAGUCUGAACAUACAUUUUUCAGCAUUAGUUUUCCAUACUUGAUACAUCAGCAUUUUGCUUAUAGCAACUUACUUCACUUUACUUACACUGAAACAAGUUUAUCAUUGUUGAAUCUCAACCAGGGGGCAUUUGUGACAUGUUAAGGAAAGCAGUUUUGUUAUUUAUUCUACCAAGUUAUACGAGAGUAGUAGGAAUGUUAUGCACAACAAUACUUUUGGCAUCACUUAUUUCAUCAUAAUCUUGUUGUACAACAGUACUUUGGCAUCACCUAUUUCAUCAUAAUCUUGUUGUACAACAGUACUUUUGGCAUCACCUAUUUCAUCAUAAUCUUGUUGUACAACAGUACUUUUGGCAUCACCUAUUUCAUCAUAAUCUUGUUGUACAACAGUACUUUUGGCAUCACCUAUUUCAUCAUAAUCUUGUUGUACAACAGUACUUUCGGCAUCACUUAUUUCAUCAUAAUCUUGUUGUACAUCAGUACUUUUGGCAUCACCUAUUUCAUCAUAAUCUUGUUGUACAACAGUACUUUUGGCAUCACUUAUUUCAUCAUAUGGAUUGCCAGCUUAGCUCAAUAGGGAGAGUGCAGAUCUACAGAUCCCAGGGUCGUGAGUUUGGUCCUCGGGCGAGGCGUAUGUUCUCUGUGACGAUUUGAUAAAAGACAUUGUGUCUGAAAUCAUUCGUCCUCCACUUCUGAUACAUGUGAGGAAGUUAGCACUUACUUGCUGAGAACAGAUGUGUACUGGUACUGAAUCCAGGAACACUGGUUAGGUUAACUGCCCACCGUUACAUGACUGAAAUACUGUUGGAAAAAGAUGUUAAACCCAAACAAAUUAUUGUUAUUUCAUCAUAAUCUUAACGUACAACAGUACUUUCGGCAUCACGUAUUUCAUCAUAGUCUUGAUGUACAACAGUACUUUUGGCAUCACCUAUUUCAUCAUAAUCUUGUUGUACAAUCGUACUUUUGGCAUCACCCAUUUACAAAUCAUAGUCUUUACGUACAACAGUACUUUUGGCAUCACCUAUUUCAUGAUAAUCUUGUUGUACAACUGUACUUUUGGCAUCACCUAUUUCAUCAUAGUCUUGACGUACAACAGUAAUUUUGGCAUCACCUAUUUCAUCAUAAUUUUGUUGUACAACAGUACUUUGGGCAUCACCUAUUUCAUCAUAAUCUUGACGUAAAACAGUACUUUUGACAUCACCUAUUUCAUCAUGGUCUUGACGUGCAACAGUACUUUGGGCAUCACCUAUUUCAUCAUAAUCUUGAUGUACAACAGUUCUUUUGACAUCACUUUUUCAUCAUGGUCUUGACAUACAACAGUACUUUCGGCAUCACCUAUUUCAUCGUAGUCUUGACAUACAACAGUACUUUUGGCAUCACCUAUUUCAUCCUAGUCUUGACAUACAUCAGUACUUUUGGCUUCACCUAUUUCAUCAUAAUCUUGACAUACAGCAGUACUAUUCAAUAUAAAAAUCGGGCUUUUGGCAUACAUGUGAUCUCCCGCGCGGGAGGGUCAAAAUCCCGAUCUUUUCACCUUGCCUCCCGUCUCUCGA